CACGAGAAGCCCACAAGCACGCACCACCAGCAGAUAACGCACGCGCUGAGCGCAAGACACCAAGAACGCAAUGUCUGGUGCCGCUGACACAGCUGCGGCCGCCGCCGUCGCCGCCGUCGCCGGCUCAUCGGGUCCCGCGGCGUUGCCGCUCAGCGGACGCGUGGCCAUCGUGACCGGCGCGUCGCGCGGCAUCGGGCGAGCCAUCGCGGCCCACCUCUCCUCCCUCGGCGCAAGCGUCGUCCUGGGCUACGCGGCCAGCGCGGCCGAGGCCGACGCGCUCGCCGCAGAGCUCCCACGAGCCGUCGCCGUGAAGGCCAACGUGUCCGAAGAGGCCGGCGUGCGCUCCCUCUUCGACGCCGCCGAGUCGGCCUUCGGCUGCGCGGCGCCGCACAUCAUAGUCGCCAACGCCGGCGUGCUCGGCGACAAGUACCCGCCCCUCGCCGACACCGCCACGGCGGACUUCGACCGCGUGUUCGCCGUCAACACGCGCGGCGCCUUCCUCUGCCUCCGCGAGGCCGCCAACCGGCUGCCCCGUGGCGGCGGCGGCCGGAUCGUGGCCGUGACGUCGUCCGUGGUCGGGUCGAACCCGACGGGGUACUCCGCCUACACGGCGUCCAAGGCGGCCGUGGAGGCGAUGGUGCGUACCAUGGCCAAGGAGCUCAAGGGCACGCGCGUGACGGCCAACUGCGUGGCUCCGGGGGCCACGGCCACGGACAUGUUCUUCGCCGGGAAGAGCAACGAGACGGUGAGGCGGACCGCGGAGAUGAACCCGAUGGAGCGGCUCGGGGAGGCCGGCGACAUCGCACCAGUGGUCGGCUUCCUCUGCACUGACGCCGCCGAGUGGGUCAACGGGCAGGUCAUCAGGGUCAACGGCGGGUACGUCUGAUAAUCUGCUGGCUGGCCUGUCAUGCCAUUAGACAUUACGGUGGGAGCGAAAUAAUGCCUCUGGGUGUUGCAGAAAACUAAAAAAAUAUAUCUGCCGGAAAUUUAUAGCACAAUUUACAUUUUAUGGAUCUAUCAUUCACGA